AUGAUCGUUGGCGCCAUGUGUGCUGUCACUGGAGUGCUAACCAUCUCACUUCCGGUUCCUGUGAUAGUUUCAAACUUUUCUAUGUUCUAUUCGCAUACCCAGGCACGCUCUAAGCUCCCUAAAAAGCGGCGACGCGUUCUACCCGUAGAAGCAGUUAGACCUAAGCUGCCAGCACAUAACAAUCUCUGCCCAACUUUAGCAAGCACGUCUGUGAACCCACUUUUUAUGACUUCUUCAGCCGGUGGAAUUUUUAGCUGCGGGGGAUCCAAUCUUCCUUCUGUAUCAGCUUCUGUUGUCAUGGCUCGUCAAAGAGCUCAAAAUAACAAUAACAAACUGCCGAACGAAAACACGUGUAAGUUAAAUUGA